UGAUGGAAACUCCUCCGGGAAGCCGCGAGGAGCCGGAGCCGCGGCAGGAGCUGCGAUUUGGGAUCUGGGAUUUGAAAUUUGGGGUUUGGGAUGGGGAACCCGCGCCCUCCUGCCCCCUGACAGCGCCGGGGGCUGUGGGGAUUUUUUAGGGAAAACCGAAAAAAGGAAAAACUUCGGGAAGCUCCACCUGCUCCUGCCGGGCUCGGGAGGUUUCGCUUCCCCCCGCGGAGCUUUUGGGGUGUGAGGAUUUUGGGGUUUGGUUUUUGGGUUUUUCUCGGGGGGGUGUGAGGGAUUUGGGGUUUGGGAUUGUUUUUUGGGAUAUGCUUUUUGGGGUUUGUGUUUUGGGAUGUAAGGAAUUUGGGGUUUAGGAUUUGUUUUUUGGGGUGUGAGAGGUUUGGGGUUUGAUUUUUGGGGUUGUUUUUAGGGAUUUCUUUUUUGGAGUGUGAGAAGUUUGGGUUUUGGGAUUUGUUUUUUAGUGUUUGAGGAAUUUGGUUUUUGGGAUGUGAAGGAUCUGGUUUUGGGAAUUGUUUUUUGGGGUGUGAGAGGUUUGGGGUUUGGUUUUGACGGUUUGGUUUUUUUGGGAUGUAAGGAAUUUGGGGUUUGGGAUUUGUUUUUAGGGAUUUGUGUGAAGGGUUUAAUUUUGGGGUGUGAGAGGUUUGGUUUUUGGGAUUUGUUUUUUGGGGCGUGAAGAAUUUGGUUUUGGGGAUGUGAAGGAUUUGUUCUGAGGGAUUUGUUUUUUAGGGCGUGAGGUAUUUUUGGGGGGGGAUGUGAGGGGUUUUUUUUGGGAUUUGAGGGAUUUGGUUUUUGGGAUGUGACUAAUUUGUUGUAUGGGAUCUGGUUUUUUGGGGUGUGAGGAGUGUUUUUUGCCGUUUGUUUUUUGGGAUGUGAGGGGUUUGUUUAUUGGGGUGUGACAGUUGUUUUUUGGGAUCUGUUUCUUGGGGUGGGAGGAAUUGUUUUGGGAUGUGAAGGAUCUGUUUUUUGGGGUGUGAGGGAUUUGUAUUUUGGGAUCUGUUUUUCGGAGUGUGAGGGAUUUUUUGGGAGGCGUGAGUGAUCUGGUUUUUGGGAACUUUUUUGGGAUCUGUUUUGGGGUGCGAGGCAUCUGUAUUUUUGGAUCUGCGUUUUGGGAUCUGUUUUUGGGCUGUGAGGGAUUUUUGGGGUGCGAGGCUGGGUCUGUCCCCCCAGGGCCGGCCCGGGAUGCCCGCGGUUCCCCCGGUCCCGGUUCCCCGCAGCGCCGAGCGCAGCUCGAGCGUUUCUCCCGGGAAUGGACGGGGCGGCGCCGGGCUCUGAGGCGAGCCGGGCUCAGCCCUGCCCCGCAGCUUUCAGCACCUCCAAAACCAGCCUUAAACCCAACCGGGGAGGGUUUAGAGCCUCCAAAACCAGCUUUAAGCCCAAUCGGGGAGGGUUUAGAGCCUCCAAAACCAGCUUUAAACCAAACCUGGGAGGGUUUAGAGCCUCCAAAACCAGCUUUAAACCAAACCUGGGAGGGUUUAGAGCCUCCAAAACCAGCUUUAAACCAAACCUGGGAGGGUUUAGAGCCUCCAAAACCAGUUUCAAGCCCCAUUUCGGGGGGCAGAGUAAAACCAGUUUUAAAUCCGAUUUGGGGUCAGAAGGGGCUGAGUAAAACCAGUUUCAAACUGGAUUAAAGGGGUCAGAAGGGGCUGAGUAAAACCAGUUGCAAGCCCCAUUUGGGGGGUGCUGAGUGCCUUUCAAACCAGUUUUAGGCCGGGUUUAGGGCAGAGCAUCUCCUCGCCUCUGGGAUUUCUGGGAAGCUCCCACGGACUCAGCUGCAUCUCCUGAGGAUCCAGAAUUCCAAACAAAUUCCAAAUAAAUUCCAAAUAAAUUCAUCUCCGGCUUUUCCAUCCUGAAGAGCUGCUUGGAACCUCCUGGAAUUUGGAUUUUUUUUGGACACAAAUCUGCUUGGAUCCUUCUGAAAUUCUGAUUUUUCUUUAUACAAAUCCAGUUGGGUCCUUCUCACCUGCUUAAUUCUGGAUUUAUUUUAGAGACAAAUCUGGCGUUUUUUGCUCCUGAAGGAUUCUCCUCCAGCUCCUUGAUUCUGACCUGGUUAACUUGGAUUUAUUUUGGACACAAAUCUGGUUUUUUAUUGCUGAUUGCUUGGAUCCUUUUCACCUGCUUCAUUCUGGAUUUAUUUUAGAGACAAAUCUGAUUUUUAUAUUGCUCCUGAAGGAUUUUCCUCCAGCUUCUUGAUCCUUACCUGAUUAAUUUGGGGUUUUUGGGUUUUUAUUGGUACUGGAGCAUUUUCCCCCUGGCUCCUUGAUCCUGACCUCAGAAAUUCAGAUUUUUUUGGACACAGAUCUGAUUUUUUUGGUCCUGGAUCAUUUCCCCUCUGGCUCCUUGACCCUGACCUGGUCAGUUCCAAUUUUUUGGGACACAAAUUGGAUUUUCCUCGGUGCCACCAUGCGGGGCUGGUGGCUGCUGCUGGCGCUGCUGUGCCACCAGCUGUGUCCCCGCAUGGUGACAGCAGCCAGGAGGGACAGGGACAGGAGGGGCAGGAAGGAGCACCCAGAGCCCCUGAACACCUCCCUGGCCAACAGCGAGGAGCAGCCCAAGCUGCUGGAGGCUGCUGAUGCACGGCUCACAGACCCCCGCAGGACCUGGAUCUCCUUCGUGCACCGCCCAGAUGACGGCAGCAACUCCAAGAGGAGAUGCAAAGGCAAAGACAAGAAAUUGCGAGGCCUGGUGGGGCCUCCGGGCCCUCCUGGGCCUCAGGGACCUCCAGGAGCUCCUGGGGCUGAAGUCACCAGGGAAGUUCUUCUGCAGGAGUUCAAGGAGAUCUUGAAAGAAGCCAUGGAGCACAGGGCCUCCCUGGCCAUCUCAGCCCAGCCCAGCCAGCUGCCCCCGCUGCUGCUGUCCCUGGAGGAGGUUCCCUCGCAGCGGCGCGUGGAGGAGGCGUUCCACUGCAAGCUCAAGGGCCAGGUGCUGGUGGACAAGAAGACCUUGGUGGAACUCCAGAACUUCCAGUCGCCCGUGGCCAAGGGCGCAUUCCUGCGGGGCUCGGGGCUGAACCUGGCCACUGGGCGCUUCACUGCCCCCGUGGGUGGCAUCUACCAGUUCUCAGCCAACAUCCACAUCGACCACAGCGAGCUGAAGAGCAAAGUGCAGCUGCGGGCGCGGGACAGCGUGCGGGUGCUGAUCUGCAUCGAGUCCCUGUGCCACAGACACACGUCCUUAGAAGUCAUUGCUGGCCUGGAAAGCAACAGCAAAAUCUUCACUGUUUAUGUCCAUGGCUUGCUGCAGCUGCAGGCUGGCCAGUACACCUCCAUCUUCGUGGACAACGGCGCCGGCGCCGCCGUCACGGUCCAGCCCGGAUCUGAUUUCAUGGGAAUGCUGCUGGGAGCCUAGCAGCGAGGAUGGCACCCCAAAAUCCCCAAAAUCCCCAAUUUCCUGCCUUUUGGACCGAAAAUAACCCCCUCACUUUGACCUUGAAACUGCUCCCUGCUCCUGCAGAAUUUGAGUUUAUCCCCAGCUCCUCCAGCUUUGCUUCCAGAAGUUGCUGCUGAUUUUUGAGGUCCUCACCAGCUCGUUCUUCAUCAGAAUUCUGCUUUUUGUCCUCUUUUUACCCAAAAAAUCCCUUGGAAUAUUUAAUUUGUGCUUCACCAGGCGCUCACGGAGCAGCACGCUGACUUUGGGGCUCGUUGUGUUGUGAUUUGAUUAUUUCACUGUAGCACUUGUAACCAGCACGGGUUUGGGUUUUUUUUGGGAUUGAUUUGGGGUUUGUUUUGGGGUUGGAAAUGAAGGAUUGAGAUGGGAAAUAUCAGAAAUAAAUCAGUGACUCUUUUCUGUGUGGUGGGGAGGAAGGGGACAAGGAUUUUCCAGCAAAAUUACUUUUGCCAGGGGGUUGAGAAUGGCUUGGAUCCUCUCCCAGGCUCAGAUUUGGGUGUAUUUGACCAGGAAAAUGUUGAAUUUUCCUACAAUCCAAGGAAUCCAAGGCUUGAACUCUUUUAUAUCCUUUAUAUCAAAAUAAAAUUAUAUAUUAUAAUUAUAUAUAUAAUAUAUAUAA